AUGGCGUUUUGUCUAGGUCCCUUCUGCGGGAAGUUCCGGGAUGAGCUGGGCGGGGAGUCCGACAGUGAGGAGGAGGAUGAUGGGACCAGUAUGCGGGCCAAGAACAAGAAGAAGGUCAAGAGGAAGCGGCCGAAGAAGUCGGAGCGGAAUGUGGCAUCCACCAACAUGAUGUGGGCGCCAUACCUCAGUGAGAGCCGGAUCUUGGUGAAGGGGCGAAACGGCGCGGAGGAGUUGAAGGCGGUGACCCAGCUCAAGACGCCUUACAACCUGAACGUUUCUGAGAACAUGCUCAACCGCAUCAACCAGCUGCAGCAGGUUGAGAUCAUCGAGAUUUCCAAGUGCAACCUGGAGCGGAUACCUCCCUCCCUGGAGGAGUUGGAUGGCCUCAUGAUGCUCAUCCUCUCCUACAACAACAUUCGUAAGUUCUCCAUGGAGUUGGCGCGCUGCGAGACGCUCGAGAGGAUCGUGCUGGAUUGGAAUCAGAUCGGGGAGGUUGAGCCGGGUAUCUUCUCGGACCUCAACUUUCCCCGGCUGCAGGUGGUGAACCUAUCGCACAACCGCCUCUCCAUCCUGCCGGCCGACUUCCCUCGCACUGCGGCGAACGACUUGCAGUACGUGGACCUGUCGUACAAUCAGCUGACCUCAGUGCCUACUGCUCUGAUGCAGUGCAGGCAGCUCCAGGAGCUGAACCUGAGCCACAACAAGCUGACUCAGCUGCCCGAGGUCUACGAGCUCAAGAAGCUGAAGAAGCUGUUCCUCUCCUUCAACGAGCUGGUGGCCCUCCCGGCGAACAUCGGCAUCAGCGAGAACCUCGAGAAGCUUAGGAUCACUUCGAACCAGAUCAAGAGGCUGCCCUACUCGAUCCUGGACCUCUGGAAGAAGGCGACGCCCCCCGGCAAACUCGAGGAGCUGCUGGUGGACCGAAAUCCCUUGCAGGUGCCCAGCAUCACGGCCUUCGAGAUGGUGGGCGGUGCUGGUGGCAUGGACCGCGCCUUUCAUUUGCUCCAGGAGGAUAAGGCGGAGUCUUUGACACAAAAGGCGCAGCCUGCGCUGGAGGAGCGUGAGGCCACGCCGCAGCUCGCCCUCCCGGCGCCGGCAGUCCAGGCUCCACAGUCCGUGACGCACCAGUCGCCUCGGGAGGACGAGCUGAGCGGCGAAGACCCCUGGUAUUUCGGGCACCUCGCGAACGACAAGGCGAAGAUCAUGGAGAUCCGGGAGGCGGAGCAGCACUUCCUGGUGAGGAAGCGGCACGCGUUCCUGGCAGUUCAAAGGAAGCUGGCCAAGGACGAGCAAGAGGCAAGACAGCAAGUCUCAGAGCACAUGCAGGUCUUUUUGGACGAGAAGAGCUACACCAAGUACAGCGGCAGGGUGAAGACACAGGAGUCACCCGAGCGAUCACGGGCUUCGGACAGCGACCACUUCUUCAUCCUCUUCAUCUUCGCGGCGAAGCCCGCCUACAAAUCCGCCCACGCCUGGUUCGAGCGCUUCGCGGGGCCCAAGGGCUACAUGACCAAGAGCGAGUGGUACGAGCCGGGGGCCUCGGUUGAAGAUGCCUCCAGAGGCGCCUCUGGAUGGCUUUGCCUGAACUCGCCGCUGGACGUGCGCCAGAAGGGCCAGGACGACUUGUGGGCCACGCUCUUCGACCCGGCGGUGAACCCCAAGGGCCUUACGGAGGCGUACUUUAUCGCGGCUUGCCAGAUCCACGACAUUGAGGCCCGGGACCCCUACAUCGUGCGGGUGGCCGACGCGCUGUCGCUGGACUACUUUGAGACCCCGCUGUCGGAGAUUCAGCUGGCCCUGGACCCCUCCGGCUUGAAGGACAAGAAGGAAGAUAUCCUUACCAGGACUCGAGAGAUGGACGAUGCCGCCGGUUUAACAGCUCACAAGUUGGCAGUGCAUGAUGAGGGCGCGGACAAUCUGGGGCUGAAGGACCUGCUGAAGAAGGUGAGCUUGACGGACUACGACUUCCACCAGGUUCAUCAUUUGGACGGCAUCGAGGAGGGCAGCGCCGUGGAGUCCGAGCAGACCCGCUACUCCGCGGAGCUCUCGGAGGAUGAGACCUCCGACAUCUCGGAGUUCGACGCGCAGGCCAGCCUGCUGGAAGAGCAGGAGCAGAGCCAGCAAGCCAUGGCCAAGGCUCCCACGCGCUUCGCGAUCAGCGGCGACUCCUCCCUGCGCCGGUUGAUGGAGGCCCCCUUGGAGGAGAUCUUCCGAGGGCGCAAGGAGGCCUUGCGCGCGGUGGAGUCCACCCAAGCCUACAAGAAGCAAGUCCUGACGAAGCCCGUGCGCAACAACAGGACCAGCUUCGACGAGCUCGCGGUGCGCAGGGCCUUGCGGGACGUAUACCGCAGCAUGCCCUUCCAUGACUUCACCUCCUUCAUCAACUUCUUGCUGCGGGCCUUGCAUGCCGUUAAGGAGGACAAGGUGGACCGCGCGAAGUCGCUGUCGCCCCUCUGGCAUGACGACGACCCCUCGUUCCGCUAUGCCGUGGGCCCUGCGGGCCAGAACAAGUACACGCCCCGUCUCCUGAGGAUCAUGGGCUUCGUACACCUCAACGACCAGUACUGGGUUUGGCCCACCGUGCACCUGCGGUCCAAGGGCCGGUGCUGGGCUCACCUGCAAGUGGCGCCGGACUGCCCGGGCCUCCUACAGACGCGGCUGGAGCAGAUGAUUGACGUCUUGGGGCAAUGCCUGGUGGCCAUCAACGACAAGGGCGCGAGCUUCACAGGCUACUUCGACGUGGCGUAG